UUUUUUUUUCUUUCUUUCUUCUUUACCACUUUUUUUUUCUUGGUAAUCUCUUCUCUCUUUUUUUUUUUUCUUAUUUAAUCGUUUAACAUGGUGAAAUCUAUUGAACAACAAGCUAUUGACACUGUUCGUGUUCUCGCUGCCGAUGUCGUUCGUGGUGCUAACUCUGGUCAUCCUGGUGCUCCUAUGGGUUGUGCUCCUAUGGCUCAUGUUCUUUUCAACAACCACAUUACUGUGAACCCCAAGAACACAAAGUUUAUUAACAGAGACCGUUUUGUCCUUUCUAAUGGUCAUGGUUGUGCUCUUCAAUAUGUCUACUGGCACUUGUUAGGUUUUGACGUGUCUAUGGAUGACCUCAAGCAAUUCCGUCAACUUGGCAGCAAGACUCCUGGCCAUCCUGAAUCCAACGAUACUCCUGGUGUUGAAGUUACCACUGGUCCUCUUGGUCAAGGUAUUGCCAAUGCUGUUGGUUUGGCUGCUGCUGAAGCUCACUAUGCUGCCACCUUCAACAAGCCUGGUUAUGAACUUUUCAACAAUCAUACUUUUGUUAUUCUUGGUGAUGGUUGUCUUCAAGAAGGUGUUGCUUCUGAAGCUAUCUCUCUUGCUGGUCACUGGAAGUUGGGCAAGCUCAUUGCUUUGUAUGAUGACAACAAAAUCACUAUUGAUGGUUCUACUGAAGUCUCUUUCACUGAAGAUACCAUCAAACGUUUCGAAUCCUAUGGCUGGCAUACCAUUGUUGUUGCUGAUGGUGACAACGAUAUCGAAUCUAUCAACAAGGCUAUUGAAGAAGCUAAGGCUGUUACUGAUAAGCCUUCUUUGAUCAAGAUCAAGACUACUAUUGGUUAUGGUUCUUUGCUUCAAGGUGAAGAAAAGGUUCACGGUGCUCCCCUCUCUAAUGAUGAUAUCAAGCAAGUCAAGCAAAAAUUCGGUUUCAACCCUGAAGAAUCAUAUGUUGUUCCCAAGGAAGUUUAUGAUUUGUAUGGUGCUCGUGCUGCUCAUGGUGCUCAAGCUGAAGCUGAAUGGAAUGCUCUCUUUGCCAAGUACAAGCAAGAAUACCCUGCUGAUGGUGAAGAAAUUGAACGUCGUUUCAAUGGCAAGUUGCCUGAAGGAUGGGAAGCUGCUUUGCCCAAGUUCACUCCCUCUGAUGCUGCCGUUGCCACUCGUAAGCUUUCUGAAGGUGUGUUGACUGCUUUGUCCAACAUUGUCCCUGAAAUGAUUGGUGGUUCUGCUGAUUUGACUGGUUCCAACUUGACUCGAUGGAAGACUGCUGUUGAUUUCCAACAUCCUUCUACUGGACUUGGUGACUACACUGGUCGUUAUUUGCGCUAUGGUGUACGUGAACAUGCUAUGUUUGCUAUUAUGAACGGUUUAGCCUCUUAUGGUGGUAUUAUUCCUUAUGGUGGUACUUUCUUGAACUUCUUGACCUACGGUUGGGGUGCUGCUCGUUUAUCUGCCUUGUCUCAUCUUCGAGUGAUCUAUGUCAUGACUCACGAUUCUAUUGGUCUUGGUGAAGACGGACCUACCCAUCAACCUAUUGAAACCUUGACUUUGACUCGUGCUACUCCCAACAUGAUGACUUUCCGUCCUGCUGAUGGUAAUGAAGUAUCUGGUACCUAUUUGGUUGCUCUUGAAAACCAACAUCGUCCCUCCGUCAUUGCCUUGUCUCGUCAAAACUUGCCUCAACUUGAAGGUUCCUCCAUCGAAAUUGUCCGCAAGGGUGGUUACAUUCUUCAAGAUGCUCCCAAUGCCAAGAUCAUCUUUGUUGCCACUGGUUCUGAAGUGUCUCUUGCUGUUGAUGCUGCUAAGAAACUUGCUGCUGAAGGUGUUCCUGCUCGUGUGGUCUCUAUGCCUUGUACCGAACUCUAUGAUGAACAACCUGAAGAAUACAAGAAAUCCGUUCUUACUCCUGGUAUUCCUGUGAUCUCUAUUGAAUCUCUUGGUGCUUGGGGUUGGGAACGUUACUCUCAUGCUCAAGUUGGUAUGACCACUUUCGGUGCCUCUGCUCCUAUCAAGGAUUUGUACAAGAAAUUCAAUAUUACUGCUGAUGCUGCUGUUGCUAAGGCUCACAAGGUUAUUGCCCACUUUGAAAAGGUUGGUUAUGUUCCUGAACUAGGUGUUUCUCUUUAAAUCAACAACAACAAAUAAUAAUCGGAAAUGUUAGUAAGUGGGAUGAUGGAUGAAAUAAGAUAAAAGAAAAUGUGAUCAAUUUUGUUGUUAGUCAUAUUUUGUUAUGAAUCAUAGUAUAGUAAUAAUAGUAUAUAUAUAUAUAUCUCCUGUUUAUUUUUUUUUUUUUGUCAAUUCAUUGUUUUUUAUUUAUUCUUUUAUUCUCAUUCUCAUCUUUUAUAUUCAUGAAAUAAAAAAAAAAAAAGAUAACAAUCCGGGCCUUUGUAUCAUA